AUGGUGGGCUCGUGGCACCAAGUGGGCCAGGCGCGGGCCGGCCGGGCUGCAGGAGCUGGUCUAGUCAGGCGAGCAGGCGAGGCUGUACGGACUAGCGGCGGCACGCGGUUUAGAGCUGACUGCGGCGGCGACUGGCCGACCGAUUCUACCGCUAAGCAGUUGGUAAAAGAUGGAUUCUUCCACGAUGCCCUAAAUGUCUACCAUUUUCUUCGAGCUUCGAACGCUGAUAGAACCUACUUGCCUUUUGUUUACUUUCUCAAAGCUUGCGGAGAGCUCUCAGCUAUCCACGAAGGCCAAGCCAUCCACAGCCUCAUCACCAAAGCUGGCCUCGAUCAAAACCUCACAUUUCAGAACUCGCUGAUUGAAAUGUACUCGAAUUUUGCUCAUGUGACCGCCGCACGCCAGGUGUUUGAUGCAAUGCCCCAAAGAAAUAUCGUAUCUUGGAAUUUGAUGAUGCUGGGUUACGGUGUCUGCGACCAGCCUAUAUCAGCUUUGGAGUUCUGUACUUCGAUGAAGAAUAAUGGAGUUGCCUUAGACUCAGUCGGGUUCAAGAUUGUUCUUCCUAUCUGCGGACAAGCUAAUGCACUUGAAAUUGGCGAAUCCGUCCAUGGCCAUUUGGUGGUUUCUGGUGCAUCUAACAACACAGUCCUUGCAACUGCAAUCAUGGACAUGUAUGCUAAAUGUGGAGAAUUAGUAGCAGCGGAGAAAGCUUUCAUGGAGAUUGAGUUCAAGGACGUCGUGAGCUGGAAUGCGAUGAUUGGCGGUUACGCACAGGCUCGAAAAUAUAAGCUCUUACUUGAGCUAUUAUACCAGAUGCAUCUACAAGGCUUCAAGCCCAGCGUACCAACCAUAUUGCUAUCUGUUCAAGCUUGUACUCAUCUGCCAGCUCUUCAGCUAGGAAAGUCUAUACAUGGCCAAAUUACUAGAAAUGGACUUUCUGUAGAUAUUUCCAUCAAGGGGCUUCUCAUUGGCAUGUAUUCAAAGUGUGGAGAACUCUUAUCUUCCUACAAUGUUUUCAGUGAGAUAAUCAAAGUGAAUGUGUGUUCAUGGAGUUGUAUGAUUAAUGGGUUGGGAAUUCAUGGUUAUAUAAAGGAGUCUCUAAUGCUUUUCUUUGCAAUGAUAAAACAUGGUGGGAAGCCAGAUGAUAUCUGCUUUCUUAUUCUGUUAUCUUCUUGUAGCCAUUGGGGGCUGAUAAAUGAAGGCUUGAAAGUGUUCUACUACAUGAUUUCAAUGUUUGGAAUUGAACCAAGAAUGGAGCAUUGGGCGAGUUUGGUUGAUCUUAUUGGGAGAGCUGGUUGUAUCAAUGAAGCAUUCAGAUUUAUGAAUGAGAUGCCAUUGGAGCCCAACAGCAGCUUGAUCGGCGCAUUCCUUGGAUCUUGCAGAAUUCAUAGAGAGGAGAAAAUGUGGAAGGAGCUUGGAGAUUGUCUGAUUGAAAGAGGAUGUGUUGUUCCAGGAUUUUACAAGCUUUUGGUGGGCAUCAGAGCAGGAGAGGAACAGUGGAAUGAAGUGAAUAGGGUAAGGAAUGUGAUUAAGAAGAGAAGGUUGUGGGGGAACUCUGGAACUAGUUUGGUAGAUAUUAGUAGUAGCUGA